CCUACCUGGCUUUCGAUCGGGCCACACCACUCACUUAGAUAUAUCUAUCUUAUUACGAUGCGAUAGUCUAACUUAUAAAUAAAAGUUUUAGUAGCAGUUGAUUUGUUUUACGUGUGUGAAAGAUGCAGUUGUCAGACGUCCUCUGUUUUAUAUUUUUAACGAUAACAGUCGCAGUAACAUGCAUCGGAGCAGAGAGCACAAAGCAAGAGCUAGUUGAGAAAAGAACCGGUCGGCGGGCCAAAAGAGAAGCAAUAUUAAUAACUGGGUAUCCACUAAAUACCUUCAAAACGAGUAAUUCCAAUCAACGGGCAACUAAGCUAAGAUACUGGCACAAGAAACCAAAACGUGGCUCCCUCAAACCUAUGUAUGGGCCGCCGCCAUCUCCCCCUAACCGAUUGACUGUUAAAAAGUAUAAGAAGAAACAAUUACGGUCUAAGUAUAACAAAUAUAGUAGUAAACGAAACGCAAAACCAAGAUACCCAUCGGCAAAACCCUAUUACGGUCGACCGCCACAGCGGCCGCCUAAACCACAGCCUCAGCCUUACUACCCACAAGAACCUGUUGGCUUCGGUGAACCUCCUAAAGAAUUAGCACAAGAAUACGUGCAACCACCGAAACAAAGCUAUGGAGAACCCCCUGUAGAUUCUUAUGGAAAUCCUUUGACGAACAAUUUUCCGACGGGAUUAUCAACAUUUGAAAGGCCCAGCAACAAUUUCGCUGACUUUGACCAACAGCAGUUCCAAUCACUGCAAAGCUAUAACCAAGAUGCUAACAUAGAUACUAGCAAUGCCUAUUCCAAACAUCAUCCAGUUUAUGCUAAGCCCGAAAUAGAAGAAUAUGAGCACGUGGAACCGCAAAAGUAUACAGAAUUCAAAUUCGAUUCUUAUGCAGAUGUAUAUAAACAACAUCCAAUAAAAGAAUAUCAACCUACUGCACAAAAUAGCAAACAUCACGAUUCGCAGAGUGUUAAAAAAUAUAAACCUUUGAAAGGCAAGCCCAAAGUGAACGAGUACGAGAACCAUGACCAUGUGAUUGUGGGAGGUCAGUACGCAGAACCGCCUGGCCGUCUGGUUCCAAAUUACCACCACGAGACCCCACAAUACCAACGGGACGAAGUAGCACAAGACAGUUACUUUGAAUCGGCACUGAUUUCAUCCACCUCUAUAUCGCCAUAUAUUAACUACAAACAUAGUAAUAUGGCCUUCAGUCCGCAAAAUUUGAACGACGCCUUCAGUCCCUUCAUCAAUUGACACGCGUACCAAGCCGGUGUUUGAAAUUGCCUUCAUCGGCUGCCUCCUAAAAUAUUCAAGAUCAUUAAAAAAACAGGUGUCUA